CAAUAUUUUUAUAGUUUAGCCUUGUUUUUUACAUAGCUGUUGUUUUUAAUAUAUUUGUUUAAACUUUUUGUUAUGAAUUUAAGAUGCCUUAGGUAUUACUGUUUUUUCAUUAUUUUCUCCGAUUAUGCUAAAAAUUACUGGGAACUAUUCACCUUCCAAAGUACAUUCUCGAUCAAUUUUCUAGCAGAAACCACCUUCAAAUUUAAAGAUUGAAAAUCCAUGAAAGCCACUGCUUAUUUAAUAAUCAUAAAUCAAAAUAAUCAUUGUAAAUGAUAAUAUAUAUUACUAUUAUUAUCUACUGUUAUAAACGUCACCGGUAAAGGUCAUUGCUCUUUAAAUAUUUAAAGCUUAAUUGUCCCCUACCAUAAAUACUCAGUUUCUAUUGAUAUAGGUAAUACAAAUAAAUAUACACUGAUCAUCAGUUAUUAUAUUAUACACAUACAUUUUGCUUCCAUCUGUUUGUGUUAGUUGUUGUCAUAUUUUUUUCUUUCAAUACUCGUUAAUAAUAUUGAAAAAUAUACAAGUUCGUUAAUGAUACAUUUGUGAACAAUAUACGUAUUAUGUUUUUUUUUUUUACUGAAGUAUAAAGUGUGGUUCGAUUUUUAAUGGCUUGAUUUUUUAUUAAAAAUGUAUUUUGGAGCACAAUACAAAAAAAAAAUUGAAAUCACGCCUCAACGUGUGCCUUGAGGCUUGAAUAACUAACUACAUCUCAUCGUUCUAAAGAAAAUUUGAGUUCCUUAUCCCGAAGUACCUAUUGUUGCACAUGAAAAAUAAGAACAUAAAAUAAAAUACAAUUAUGAAAUACAUUACAAUAUUGGUAAUUUUACUAAACUUUUAUGUUCACGCGAUAAAAAGUUCGAAUAUCCUUGUUUUCGUGCCAUCGCCAUGGAAAAGUCACAUUAUUGCUUUCCAGCCAUUAUUUUUGGAAUUAGCGAAUCGUGGCCAUAAUGUUACAGUAAUAUCAAAAUUUACUGUGAAAGAUCCACCACCGACAUAUACACAAUUGGUUCCUUCUUAUAAUUUUGAUAUUGAUGGAAGAUCAGAUUACUUAUUUCGUGAACGGAGUAUGUAUUAUUCGUUUAUUGAAGAUCCAAUGACACGUAGCACGAUACUAGUCGACACAACACUUAUGUUUAUGUCAGAUCCAGUAAUACAGAAAUUUAUUAAGUAUGAUCAAUCAUCGUUUGAUUUAGUCAUGAUUGAAUCAUUUUUUCAAGAGUGCGCAGUAGCGUUGGGACACAAAUACGGAGCACCAGUAAUUUCAAUCGUACCCGUAACUCCUUGGAUAAGCGUAUCUCGGUGGGCAAACAAUCCUGCAGACUUGUCUUAUAUUAAAGACUUUAUGCUGGACGGUGGGAAGUCUCUGACUUUCUGGGAACGAUUAGCGAAUAGCUUUAUCGGGUUUUACUCUCUAUUUGUCGAACCCAUUACAUAUCUUCCGAAAUUGGAAAAUAUGAUGAACACCUAUUUCCAAUACCCUGGAUACGAAAAUAGACCUACUAUGGCGGAGAUGCUAAAGAAUAUAUCGCUCAGUCUGAUUGACUCUGAUAUUACGAUUUUUAGUUCUCGGCCCUAUGUCCCGAGUUUCAUUGAAGUACCAGGUAUCCAUUUUCGUCCUAAAAAGAAAAUGGAUAAGAAACUACAAGAAUUUAUGGACAAAGCUAACACGGGUGUUGUUUAUUUCAAUUUUGGCACUAUAUUAAAUGUGACAAGUAUACCUAAGCCGUCUCUGCGCAUUUUGAUUAAUGUAUUAGGCCGAUUAGAACAGAAAAUUGUAUUUAAAUGGAUUAAUAAUAGUACUCAAGAUUUUCCAAACAACUUUUAUGUCAACUCUUGGCUCCCUCAAAGUGAAAUCCUGAACCAUCCAAAUUGUAAAGUUUUUAUUACUCACGGAGGAGUCCACGGUAUUAUAGAAACGAUAGAUGCCGGUGUUCCAAUUAUUGGAUUUCCUGUUUUUGGAGAUCAGUUUCAAAACAUAAAAAUUAGUGAAGAAAAUGGGAUCGGUAUUAUGAGUAAUAUUUUUACGAUGACAGAAGAGACAUUUGAAAAAGAAGUUAAACUUAUAAUCAAUGAUAAGAAGUUUUCAGAAAAUGUUAAAAGAAUGUCUUCCAUAUUUCAUGAUCGGCCGAUGUCAGCUCUUGAAACAGCGGUAUAUUGGGUGGAAUACGUAAUCAGAAAUAAAGGAGCUCAUCAUAUUUUACGUUCUGCAGCAGUUGAUUUUACGUGGUACCAAUAUUAUUUAUUAGACGUUAUUGCAUUUCUUAUUAUAAUUGUAUUGUUUAUUGUCUGUAUUUUCUAUUUUAUUACCAAACGGAUUUUACGGCAAAUGUUUAAUUUGUUCCAUAAACAAAAAAUUAAUUUAACAAAAAAAAAAACUUGGAAGCAUAAAGUAAAAAUGAAAUUUAUAUCGAUAUUGGUAUUUGUAGCAAUUCAUUGUGCUUUAGAAAUAAAAUCUUCAAAUAUACUGGUUUUUGUACCUUCACCUUGGAAGAGUCAUGUCGUGUCGUUUGAACCAUUGUUUUUGGAAUUGGCACAUAGAGGUCAUAAUGUUACAGUGGUAUCAUCAUUUCCUAUGAAAAAUCCACCUUCGAAUUAUACACAAAUCGUUCCCAAAUAUGAGCUGGAUUUAAGACCAAUAACGGACUCUAUCAUGCAAAAUAGAAACAAAUAUCUAUUUUUUUUGGAAGAAAUAUAUAUACGAAAUAUAUUUGGUAUUUAUGUCACCAAAACUUAUGUAUCAGCUCCAGAGAUACAAAAGUUUAUCAAAGAAGAUCAAACCAAGUUUGAUUUGGUAAUAAUAGAAUCGUUUUUCCAAGAUUGUACCGUAGCCAUGGGUCAUAAAUAUGGUGCCCCAGUUAUUAGUAUCAUUCCAGUAGCGCCUUACGUUUCCAUUUCUCGUCAUGCUGCCAAUCCCUCAGAUUUUUCUUAUAUUAAAGAUUUUAAGUUGAAUGCUGGCAAAUCAAUUGAUUUUCAAUAUCGAUUACUUAAUACAUUGUUUGGUUUAUACAGUCUGUUUAUUGAACCAAUCACGUAUAUCCCACUAUUAGAAGAAAUAAUGGAUAACCAUUUUCAAUACCCUGGAUAUGAAAACAGACCAAAAAUGACAGAGAUGCUCGAAAAUAUAUCGCUCAGCUUUAUUGAUUCCGAUGUAUCAAUUCUUAGCCCACGACCUUACGUUCCAAAUUUCAUCGAAAUUCCUGGUAUUCAUAUACAACCUACAAAGGAAAUGAAGAAGACUCUACAGAACUUCAUGGACACAGCUCAAGCUGGAGUUGUGUACUUUAAUUUUGGUACUUUAUUAGAUACAUCUAGACUACCAAAACCUACACUGGAAGUUUUCGUAAAUGUUUUGGGACGACUAGAACAAAAAGUUUUGUUCAAAUGGACUAAUAACGACACCCAAGGAUUCCCAGAUAAUUUUUAUGUCGACUCUUGGUUUCCACAGCUAAACAUUCUAAGACAUCCAAAUUGCAAGCUUUUUAUUACACACGGGGGAAUCCAUGGCAUAAUGGAAACAAUAGAUGCUGGAGUUCCGUUUAUCGGGUUUCCCUUUUUUGGAGACCAGUUCCAAAAUUUAAAAAUUAGCCAAGAAAAUGGCUUUGGACUUAUUAACGAUAUUCAUACACUGAAUGAAGAUAGUUUUGAAAGAGAUGUUAAAUUAAUAUUGACUGAUAUGAGGUUUACAGAAAAUGCAAAAAAAAUGUCCACAAUAUUUCAUGAUAGGCCGAUGUCAGCUCUUGAUACGGCAGUUUAUUGGGUGGAAUACGUUAUUAGACAUAAAGGAGCUCAUCAUUUACGUUCUACGGCUGUGAAACUAACAUGGUACCAAUAUUUAUUAUUAGACGUUAUUUUGUUUUUUAUUGUUAUUUCAUUAUUACUAAUUUACAUCUUUUAUUUUAUUACUAAAUGUAUUAUAAGAUCAAUACUUAAACUGUUCAUCAAACAAAAAACAGAUUAACAUUUAGUAAAAUAAAAUUAUGCUCAGAGCCGUGCCAUCAUAAUUUAGCGCCCGGAGCAAAAUUAAAAAUAUUCGCCCCUUUCAUUAAUUUCUUAUUUAACCUUUUACUUUUUGUCACCCCUUAAAAUUUGCGCCCGGGGCAUAUGUCCCUUUGCCCUCCCCCCAAUAAAGUGGCUCUGAUUAUACUUAUUGAAAUAUAUUUGCUCACUUUAUAAUGCCAUUUACUUGGGUUAUCUAUAAACAAUAAAAGUUUUUUUGUUUGAUUUUAGUUUUUAUAUAUAAUAUACUAUUGUUGAACGACUAGCUGUUACACUAUUUACAAAUAAGUUACUAAAGUUAAAAAAAAAAAAAAACCAUUUUCUUAAAGUUGUAAACAAUAAAUUACUUAUUAAAUGCUUAUUAUUAUAACUGUAUAAAAGUUAUAAGGUGAUAUUAAAAAAAAAGUAAGAUAGUUUUAUAUUUUUUUAUUAUUAUAUUUCAACUGUCUAAAAAUAUAUUAUGAUGCAUUAUUAUGACAUGUUUUGUACAUUUUAAGUUUUAAAAAAUAUAUAUAUUAUAUAUUUUUAAGUACUUUUUUCUGUAUUGUAUAUUUAUUACUAAAAUAAUUGUGCUUUGUUAUAAAUUAUAAUAUAUUAUAAUGUAAUAUUAUGA